CAGAAUCGCAAACAAAAUGUAAACAAAUUGCUCAUUAUAUAAAGUCAUGAAGUUGAUGUUAUAUUAACAGAUUCGCAAACUUCAAUACAGGCCAAAAUCUGUGAAAAGGUCCCUUUAAGGACUUGUUUAGUGACAGACAACAAUACGUUUUUAUAAGAGGCUUCCCACACCAAGAUAUGACAAGGCUUACACUGCGAAUUCGCGAAAUUAGCCAAUAGCUACCAGUAAGAUAUCGCAGACAACAUGAACGAAGAACUGAAAGAAAUCGAAAGAAGCGGGUUGUCUGUCCCAGCAGACGAUCAGUGUGACCUCAAGAUUCCUGAUCACGUUUUGGAGUCCAUCGACAUGGCCCGGUUUCGCAGAGGUCAAUUAGUGUUCCAGAAGAAUACUUUUCCCUGUAUUUUCGCAAUGCUAUCUUCUCUGAUAGUGGGUUUGAGCGUUACAAAUCUGUUACAGGUGUUAGUAAGCACCGGCAAGUCGUCGGAUGCCAGGUCUUCAUUACGUCGGUAUUUGAGUACGUUAAACCACUUGUUUCAAUGGCAUUAUGGGAAUGUGUUUGAUCCAACAUCGUCUGCAUCACGGUCAGUGAAAAAGGUGAGGAAGAUGCACGCGUCAGUUCGUAACAUUAUGAUGAACGCAGCGAUAUCACGCGCUGAUGAGACAGGACAUGUGCACAUUUCCCAGUACGAUAUGGCCUUGGUUCAGACCGGGUUUUUCGGUUUGAUCAUAAUGUAUCCUAGAGAAUACGGCGUGCGAGCAACACAGGAGCAGCUUGAUGACUACGUCUACUUUUGGAGGUGGAUAUCGUACUGCCUUGGCAUUGACGACAGGUAUAACCUGUGCACAGAUGGAUAUGAGAGAGCAGUUAGUCUGUGUGCGGCAAUUGAGACAGAUAUUGUCAUUCCUGCCCUGAAUUCGCCGCCUAAAGACUUUGCGGCGAUGGCUGAUGCAUUUACCGACGGACUAAAUUUGUUUGCUCUUGUUCCGUUGUAUAGCAAGGAAUGUAUUAUGAAAUUUGGCUUCGAAGCCUCGAACCGUAUGUAUCCACACAAAUUGUCCAUGGCAGACAAACUAAGAACAUUCAUUUUAAAAGCAUUGAUAUCUGCAUGUUAUUAUGUGCCACUGUUUUCCAAGUUUGUGAACCACUCUUUUGAAAAAAUGUUUGAUUGUAAAUCGAUUACUUAACUAUGCAAUGAUUACACUGUAGGAUUGGUGUUAGUAAAUGCAUUUAAAAUCUCUGUGUGCUCAGUAUAUUUUAUUUAUUUAUAUUGUUUGUUUAAUUAAAAUGAAAUGUACAUGGUCAAA